AUGAGGUUUCAGCGCUCGUUAUCGAAAAAACGUUGCUUUCUGUUGCUGGCGUUUUUCGCUGCCGUUACAGUGUUAGUUCAAAAUGCCAUCGUCAUUCUAGUGUCGUUUUGUAACAACAAUUUUUGUUAUUUGAGGCUCGGAAACUUUGAAAGCCGUCAUUCAAGAAUGAUUGGUAAGAUUUUGUUAUACACUUAUUAUGUUUGUUAACCUAUGUAGAUUUUUUUUUAAAUCAGCACUGAUGGGUAAAAAUGGUUAUCAAAAGAUAUCUUAAGUGUACAUAUCUGCCAGUAAUACAUUUCUGAAAUUUUGUGAGAGACACGGUCGCCUUGCCGUUAAUGCAUUGUUUUUUAUUAUAAAAGGGUUUCUAAUCCUCCCCCCCCCCACCCUCAUUUUGUCACGUAUCCUUAAGAAUAUUCUCCAAUAACAAUUAAAACUCCUGUUUGAGGAGGAGAGAGGCACAGCCAAGCUUUCCUGAAGACACGAAUUUUUGUCCAUCGUUGCACACUUACGGGGACAUUCAUAUGAAAAUACACCAGCAAAGUGGGGUCUGUUCAAAUUAUAGGGACAUUUUCGCGUACCCAGAAAAAAGUCUUAUUUAAUAGGUAGUCUUUUAAAAAUAAAUCGUCAUAAUGAGUACUUCUUUUUGUGUGUAAGUGUGUGUAUGUGCUUUGUUUUGCUUUUACUUUGUUUCGUUUUGUUUUGUUCUGUUAUUUUGGUAUAAAUGUUUUUCUACAUUUUCUGCUGCGAUUUUUUGAGAGACACGGUGACCCUGCCGUUAGCGUGGUGUUUAUGAUAAACGGUAGGUUUCUUAUCCUCCCCCCUUCCUGUUUGUUAUUGUUUGUUUGUUUGUUUUUCUUUUUUUUGUAUGAAUGUUUCCUAUAUUUUCCUUUUUAAGGAACUUUUACUUAAAAAAAAAAAAAAAAAUUAAUCAAGUAGUCUGCUUCCGUCAGGUUUGCAUAUAAUGGCAAGUAUAACACCACAAUUGUACUCUGUACUUUUAUUUAUUUCACCAGAAGGAUUUUUUUUCUCUUCAAGUUUAUAUAUUGGCAAUUUUUCACCAGACCUCUUUGCAAGAAAUAAAAGUCCAGGAGUUAUAGAAAGACUGGAUAGCCGUUUACAAGUUGACUCUACCGUAAAAACUGUCGGUUGGCUGCCUGAGGAAGAUUGUGAGUAUGGAAUACAGACAUUUUUUUGUCAUAUUCACUACGAAAUUCUGGAAUCACGCUGACUGACAUGUGAGUAUUUAUGCCUAUUGCGCGCCAAUUUUUUCGUUCUUUCUUUCUCUUAAGCCGAAAAACCUAACAAAUGUGAAAUUCCUGAAGAUUCAAGAUUUCCCCUAUGUUCUUUUAAAGUAAAGGUACGUUUUCAAAAAGAUAUUUUACGGGAAAACGAUUUAAUUAACUAAUUUUGUAUAUUUCCUAAAGAAAGUUAUUUCAUGAUUUCUCUACUGUGUAUUAUCUUUUAGUCUUUCCCUGAUUCAUGGAAUCCUAAAUGCCACGAUGGAAAACAUAAGGUGAAUCUGGAUGAUAGCUGUUCUGUGAUUCAAUAUCUCAGUGAGGUUAGUAAAUUACCGAUCACAAAUUACUUGUAAAACUACUUCAUGAUUCAAUGGAUGCUUCGAAUUUAUAUAUUCACAAGCUAACCACGCAAAUGAGAAUUAUCAAUAUUUUGCCUUUUCUAUGAUGUUGUAUGUUUUUGCUUUCUUGUAACACUUAGGUCGAAGCAUGGUGUCCAGUUUUGCCAUGGCGACAAGACAUGGAUCCCUUCAAAUCAUCAGUUAAUCAAUCAAAGGUUUGUGCAAGGCUCACGGCAAAAUCUGGUAACAAUUCAUAUAAAUAGAAAUUUUGUUCUUUGAAUUAUUGUCAUGGCAACUUCCUUUUGCUAAAACUAACGCUGAAAAUGACUCCUAUUUCUUAAUCUCUUGAAGCCUCUUGACAAAAUAUAUAUCUUUGUAAAACAAUUAAAACUUUUUGUUAGUAGACUCUGUUCACUUACAGAAUACGUACUGUUCUAGGCAAAGAUUCGCACAGAUGUAUCGGGAUUACUAAAGCAACUUACUGAUGACCGUUAUGCCUGGAUGAGAAUUCGCAUCACCGAAACAUGGCCGCAAUGGAUAGAAGCCGUCAAAGAGCUUGCUAUCAGGCAGGGCAUAUCAGAGAGGAAAAAGAAAAAGGUGAUAAUAUUUUAACUUAAUUUUGGUAACUUUCAGAUAUUUUUCUGGAAACAACCAUUCUUCCGCUAUUGUUCUCGUGCUUGGUAAACAGCGAUUUUUUUUCUUCUUCAGAUCGCUCUUUAUAUGGGAAGCUUAGAAUUCAAUUUUAAGAUCUUUAUGGAGGCCUUCAAUGGUGGCGUUCUGGGAGAACUCAGCCAGUGGAGUGACGUCAUGAGUGUUCUGUACAUAUUAGGACAUGAUUUGGUAAUCACGUCGGACAAAAAAGACUUGCCAAAGUAAGUGCGUGAGUGCUCUUCGACUUCUACUUUACAAGCAUCAAGAGGACAGGGCUCAUGUUAUGCAACUCUUAGAGAAUACGGGACGUGAUGAAGGGAAAGAGACAGCGGUAACGGAACAGUUAUUGGAAAUUACCGGAAUUCGUUCUCUCAUAAAUGCUGCAGUCUGAUUAGAAACGCUUUUCGCCAUCUGUUCCAUGAUGUAUAGUGGGUAGAGUGAGUAGCCCAACGGAGUGUGAUGGUUAAAUAAAAAGUGCAAUGGAAAAAAAACAUGCCUCAAUUUAAGUUUUGAACGAUUAGCACAUUCGUAUCUAAACAAUUAUAUUAUUCGGAAUCGCCUAUGGCUAAUUUAUUUCGGUAUUUUAUACCGAGAGAGGUUGCAGUUUAUCCAUUUCAAUUCAAGAGUCUUAGUUUUAAAGAUAAAAAUGAUUUUUGUGUAGAUAGGAAGUAGGAAAAUGUAAACGUUAGUGGUCUGUCUUUCUCUCCUCCUUAAACUUUGUGACCUUCUUUUUGCAGUAUCAUCACACCUCCUGACUCGGACGGCUGUGCUUCCAGGAAACUGAACGACAGUUUGGAUCUGAUAUUCACUGAUAUCAUAGGGGUUGAAAAAUUGCGUGAUGCUAGUGGAGCACAUCAAUCUCGAUACAGGUUAGACACGCUGGCUUAGGACGUUUCCUUUUCGAUUUUACUUAAAAAAUGUUUAGAUUACAGACGUUAAACUAUGCAUGGCUCAGUGUAAAUUUACACGGAGUUUAUCAUCACCGCAAAGCUUUCAGCUCAUCACAAUUUACGUUAAUUCUUGAUGUUUUGCGGGUCAUUGAAAAUUGUCAUUAGAAUAGAUAGAGAUAUUUAGAGACAGAAUAAAAAAAAUGAAAAAUAAAAAAAAAACAAACAAAAAACAAAAAAAAAAGUACGAAAUUUAAACUUCUGGCCGACAACCCGAAUCUCGACAAGGAUUGGCCGGUAAGAGGGCUGGGUUUGCUCGACUACUAUCUACUAUUUCACGUAAGCGCUUACAAACACGUGAUCCUCCACGGUCAAUCUGCCUCGAUUAAAAAGCAACAUGGGGUCGUAUAAGGAGGCCUCGGGGUUUUCAAAGGCUAAUAGGAUACUAGUGUGGCCAAGAAUGGAAAACAUUAGUAUUGCAAAUGACAAUCUAAUAUAUUUCGAGUUGAGCGUGCUUUCUCUGUGUAAGGAUCUGUUACACUAAAAGGCGCGUACAGUAAGUACAAAAACAAUAGAGAUAACGCAUAGCAGGUAUUUCAGAGGAAAGCUUCAUUUUUUUGCGUUCCAGAAAUGUUCUAAUAAAAUAAAGUCUCUCGCGACAAAAUCAAAAUAUCGCGAGAUAAAUGGGAAAUUGUUAGGACGCACAUGAUGAGUUGUCACGCACGUUGUUUCUGUGGACGAGACGACAAUGGUUGCAACAGUUGGAAAUUUUUUCUUGACGGGGUUGGCAAUGCAGAAGUCACAUCUAGAAAUUUAUAAAUCUGCAAAGUAAUCACAAAGAUUAGAUAAUCCACACUUGCUCUCAGACGCUGACAGCCAUCUCUGAACAUGUCUCGUAAGAUUUCGCAAAAUCGAGAUUUACUGUAUUGAUUCACAGAGCUAUGUGCCGUAGAAGUAUUGCAAAUUACCAUCCAAUGAUCUUUUCACGAAAAUAAAACACUCUUGACCUCAAAACAUACCUCCUCGACUGUUGCAGCCAUUGUCGUCCACGGAGACAACUGGCGUGACAGCCGACCUAACAUUUUCCCAUUUAUCGCACGAUAAAAGAAAAUGUGGCAUGUCCUCUGUAGGCGCCCGUAAUCUAGAGUCUUUUUCUCUCAAAAUUUGGCUAAAAAAACUCAUGCUUCUAGCGAAGUCUGUUUGCUUCCCCUAUUUCUGACCUUUCGCAGUUGUAUUCCCUCUCAAAUUAACUUUGUGUGAUCACAUAAGGUUUCCAUCAACAAGCUGAGGACCAAUCCACAUUAAACAAGGUUAUAACUUGGCUCCUAUAGCGUUAUUAUUUGACUCCACAAUAUUAAUUUCCCAGAGAUUGGCAUUUUCAUGUAUUUAUUUAAUAAUUCGUUUAUUUCUUUUUGCUCUAUUUUUCCUCACUUAGAUGCAAAAUUCGUGUCCUUGACUCAUUUGGAUCUGACGCUGAAUUCAACUUCGCGUUUUACAAGGAGAAUAUUCCUGGUGGGAGAUCCGUGUGGGGAAACUUAAAUCUGCUCCUUCCACAGUUUAUGACUAUGUACCGUGAGUUAUGGUUUUCCAUUAUUUUACGUGGCUAUCACUUGUUUUGUUUAGUCUGCUUUUUUUAUACCUUUUAUGUAACUCGAUGGUAGAUUAUUUUGGGAGCAUUUAUAGCAUUUCGAAGUCAUUAUUAUCACAGGCAUACUUAAAUUAUCUAAGCAACUCAAUGUUUUUGUGAUUCAUAUGUACGUUCAUGCUUCCUCAUCAAAUUGAUUUGGUGUGUUUGUAUGCUAGCCUUUUUUUCUAUGUUUUGUUUUAUUUCAUAUUGUGUUUUGCUGUUUGUAUGUUUUAUACCGUUUUGUUUUUGUUUUACUUUCUUUUGUUUUAUGUUUGUCUUUUAUUUAGUCUUACCUUUUUGUCUCUAUUUUCAGCGCACAGUCCUGAUAAUUCGUUCGUUGGCUUUGCUGUUCCAGAUAAGAAGCAUCUAGUGGAAACAAAAGUUACAAGAAUAGGAACAAAAGCGCUUGUUUACGGAAAAAUGCCUUUUUUCUGGGAGGUAAGGAAACUCACAAGUUCAUCUGCAAUGAGAUUAAGGUCCUAUAUCAAACGUCUGAUGAUGAGGUUCGGUCACAAAAGUCCUUAUGCAUUUCGUUAAUAAGUUUAUCCCUUUAAACUCUAAAAGUUACUAGUCUGUAAAUUCUCCUUCCAUAAUUAGAACUGAAUCAAACAGUAGGACUAUAAAAAUAUUGAAAUUGAGCGCGAACGAAGGAAGCAAUCCUCUUGAUUGUUAAUACAAUGGAAAAUGUGUAGAGAACAGAAUGGAGAAAAUAAGGAUCAGUGUUAGUAUCCAAGAGCUGCACACAUACCCCUUCCUAACCCAACAAUAGUCAUUUGAUAACAAAUUGGGUUUAAUGUUGAGUUAGGGGAGGUUUAGGUGUGAAGUUUCUCAGUUACUGAUAUGAUUAUACCUACUGAUGUUUUGAUCUGAAGGGGGGCUGGGAGUUCUCUCAUGAUUCAAUUCUUUUAAGGGUAAACUAAAGUUGCGAUAGGGCACAUAAUGAAAUAGAACCCAUGAAUAAAUGAGCGCAACUUAACAGAAAAAUACUAUUGCAGCUUUUAAUUAAAAUCGCAUUCUCUUUAGGGCAAGAGACAUUAUCUCGAUAUAAUCAAGAAGUACUUCCCUGAAGUCCAUGCCAACAUUGGAACGAAAAACGUGAGGAAAUUUGUUUUGUUUGCUUGUACUGAAGUUUCACGAACGAAAUUACAAUAACUGCAUCAAAAAUCAUUUAACUCCGCACUGAUUUGUAUUGAAUACUACACAUCCUGACUCAAAUCUGACCUUAUCUGUGAAUGAAAAACAAACCGACAAUUACUGUCGGCUCCGGGUUAACCCCCUAUUUAUGUUUAUAUAUAAAAUAAAUAGCCCGCAUGUUGCCUCGCGCGUCAUAUUUUUGUUCUUAUCACAUUUUGAAGUCAUCUGUGAUCAAAUACUGAACCGACGCACGGCAACGUGGAACCUUUGUCAAGCAGAGCUGGAGAUCUAGGGAAAAUUCGUGUACGUCAAAUCAACCUAUUGGUUUAUUUGACAAUUUAUUUCUUUCAUUAUUUAUCUAUUUAUUUUUGUCAGGAGAGCGAGCUUCGUAAGUAUGAAGUCCCAGAAUAUAUCAUCAAUCACGGCAUAGUGAACAUAACCACGCUAUUGAGUCUCUUCCAGAGUAGUAAGGUAAAGAGGGAGUAGCCACAACUUUUUUUUCUACUUUUAAAAAAAACCAUAAGAAAAAAGAGCACAAAAUGACUGAACAACAAAACAGCUUUAAACAGCGUGAGGUAAGGAGAAAAGUCGCUCCCUCUCAACAAAACUUCAACUUCGACCUCUUUGCCAAUCAUAGUGCGCGUUAUAUUGGCCACCUGCCCGAGCCAUAUAAUCAAGAUCAUUAGUAUAUACUAAAACAGUGCAUAGCGUUGAUGGCACACUAUGAUUGGCUACUCCAACUCUGAAUAUCCUUUGUUAUUUAGCAACUUGCAUGGGAUUUGCACCCGAAAAUAUUGCAAUCGUUGCAGAGAUAAUAAUCAAAAAAAUAUAUGCUUGUGCCACUUUAUCUCACUGUCUUAGUAUAUACUAAAACAACUCAGUGUCGGUGACAAGCAGUAGAUAUUUAACUCGCCGCUUCCAAGCUCGGUAAAUAUCCACCAGUGGCCACCUCAGCUUAUGUGAAUAGUUUUUAAUUAUGAUGCAUUCCUCUUUAAUUAUAUCAUCAUUCUUUAAUCAUUUUUUAAUCAGGUUUUUGUGGGUCUUGGAAUGCCAUUCGAAGGACCAGCAGCUCUCGAGGCACUGGCUAAUGGAUGUUUCUUUAUAAAUCCCAAGGUAUAUCAAAGAAUCAUUAUUAUGUCAACAGCGUGCUUUUUUCUACAUCCCUAUUACAACACUAUUACCACCCUUGUGCAAUUUUUUUCGUGUUAACGUAUAUGGCCUUGGGGAUGAGCACUCGUCAGGCUGCGAUGAAAAAAGUACAUAGAAAAAAAAAUUAUAUAUCCUCCUAUUUUUCUUGAAGUUUAUUCCGGCAUACGAUCGUCUCAAUCACGGAUUUUUCACAGGAAAACCCAUGAAUAGGAAGGUACGUAUGCUAUAAAUUAUACCCAUGUUCCUACUAACACCACAUGAAUUAAUUGUUGCGCUUCUUUUUUUUCUUUUCGCAAUAGGAAGGGUUACGUUUAAGAUAUAUAUCCGUUAUUUACCAAAGUUGUUCGGUCAAGAUGGUUAAAUCUGACAAGCUUUGUUCUCUUUUUGAGUCUCUGUGCACUCCGACGAAGUCAAGGUCCCUAAAACCUAAAAAAAAGAAAAUUAAACGAUAAAAAUUAAAGUUUACAACCGUUCAAUCUUGACCGAACAAACAUAGUCAAUAAAGGGCUUAUCAUAUAGCAGAACGAUUUCAACCAGCAUGCUUUUUACGCCACCUCUCGAUCAGCUAGGGACAUCCAAACGUUCAUUUUACUCACAUUUUUAGGCAAGGUAUUUCCGUGGUACAUCUGUAAUGAAAUGUUAAUUAUUCCCUCAUUAUUUUAUCCGAUUAAUAUUUUUUUUGGUGUUAGAUCACAUCUCAAAAUCCAUACGCCGAGGUAUUCAUUGGAAAACCAUUUGUACAAACAGUUGACAUCAACAAUCAAGUAGAGGUUGAAGAGGCCGUGAGGAACAUACUUCAGUCAAAGGUAAGUUAAUAAUAUCUUUGUGACACUAGGGAAACGUCUCUUAGGAUAAUUUUUACUUGAGUUUUGUGGGUAACCUUACAUUGCAUCGGUUUUUACUUCACCUAUCUCUGAGAUUGGUCUGAAAGACUUUCGCCCCUUGUCUCAAUCAAUUAUUGGAAAUGAAAAUCCAUCGUGACUUAGUCACUCGCAUUUUCCGGCACUUAUAAGAUAGCCCGAAAUUGAUUAAAAAUGAAAAGUGGUCCGGCAUCUGUAUGAACUGAUUGGGAAAAAACACUCUUACACAACAAACGAACAGAAGGCUGUAGAUGCCAGGAUUUUAGGGAUUGGUAUUUAAAAAUGACCGAGCAAUUCCAAGCCCCUUCAGCCAGUUUGGUCCUUUAUACUCUAGGGUCUCAUUGGCUAAUUUUGACAUUUCCUUUGUCUUGAUUGCCGCAUUUGAUUACUUUCAGCGAUUUUUCUCUACGAAUAAGCUUCAAAUUGAAAUGCAUUUUUUUGUGAUUUGCAUUUUGGUUGGUCCAUAAAGAUUAUUUUGAAAAACCUCGACCCAAAACGGAAAAUACUCGAAGCCACACUUACUUUCAGAAGUUGUAAAAUACAUUGUUUUAAAAGUGUAAGUUCGACUGAGAGAUACUGUCAUUGUUUGGGACAAGCAAGCUUUACCAAUAAAAAUCGAGAGAAAGAGACAAUUUUCAAUUUUUUUGCUUUUGUUUUGUUUUUUUUUUAAAUAAUUUUCAAGUUGUUUUAUUUUGCAGGCCACCCCACACUUGCCAUACGAGUUCACGGUUCUAGGGAUGUUAGAGAGACUAAAUGCUUAUGUAGAAUAUCAGGUAUGCGAUCUAUUCCUACGUUCCUUAUCUCUUGCUCAGUAUUUCUCAUCCUUGAUAAUCAGGAAUAAUAAAACCCAUCCAAUCCUGCCAGCCCUAAUGAAGAGGAAUUCAGAUUUCUAUGCCAUGAGUAGUGCCUUGUAGGGGCUUACUUAGUUACUUGGCGUGCUUGUUGGCUUGUUUGCUUAUUUUUGGGGGGGGUUUUGUUGCUGUUGUAAUUAUUGUUGUUGUUUUGUGUGAGUGUGUUUUUUUUUUCAAUUUCUUUUGAUUCCAUACUUUUAAAUCUACGAUAAACUUCACAUCCUACAAUUGUGUAAUCGUGGUACAUAAUACCCUAAAUCAUACUUAAUAAUGGUUUCCUUCUGAGCCUGAGAGCCGGCCCUCAUUAUACAUAAUUUAUACUACGGGACACGCGUUUUUCCACCUGCGGGAAGAGUCGGGGAGAGGUUUGCCAGGGCUCUGGCGCUAAUGGCAUUCCCAGACCCCAGGCAGACCUCCAGCUGGCUCGCGUUGCUCAAACAAGCCUCAUCCUUUCCUGCAGGCAGAGAAAUGCUGGUGCCUAAGUGGUAAUAAUGAAGGCCUGCUUGAAAACUAGUUUUUACUAUGCACUGCUUAUGUUACUAGCAUCAAUAAUUACGGCACGGAGAACGGCUUACCAUCUCCCUGAUUAAAUACCUCAUGGCCGACUUUACUCUCACGUCAACUUUGCCCUCUCUCUUUCUGACUCUCUCUUUCUGAGAUUUAUCUUUUCUCUUAAGAUUUUUCGUUUUACUCUGGGUGAGAGAGAAGUUGUGUCUUUAAAGAAAUGAUGGGUUUUCCUUAACUCAGGACUUUUGUCGCCCUAAUGACUGGCCUCCUGUCAAAGAACUGAAAACCGCGAUCAGUAAAGAUGGCCAGUCGUGUGAGUUUGCGUGUCUGGACAAGGGUCUCGUCUGUGAGCCUACUUUCUUCCCAUUAAUCAACACAAGAGACACAUUCAAAAGGUAAGAAGAUUACGAGUAUACAAUUUUUCGGUCUUUUGACCCUUUAACUCCUGUGAGCAUCUAAUUUCUCUUAACAGUUACAAACAUCAAGGUCACGAGAACAAUGGAAGCUCAAGUUAUCCUGUAGUUAAUAUAGCAAAUAUAUAAAGAUACAUUCUGACUCACUAAACCCUCCGUUUUCCGAAUUUUCCAUGCAAGAAACGGUACCAUUUUUCUUCCCUUUGGAAACUUUUUUCGAAAAUAUUUGUUUCUGGACGUUUGAAUGUAAUCGAUAGGCAAAAUGAUGCGUUUUCGAACGAAAACGCUCCAUUGUGUGGGGAUUUAAUUUCAUCCUUUCUUUUAUCAGAGCCGGGAUGCCCUGCAAUGCAUCAACGAUAGAACCACGUGACAGCAUCCUAGCUCCAUCAAUGAACACAGCAGACAACACGUGCAUGCUACAGAAUGAGGCACUCCUAUUUAGCUGCCGAGCGGCAAAGGCUGGUGUCGUUCGUAUCUGCCCUUGCCGCUCCUACCGCAAAGAACAAGUUGCACUAUGUGAAUCGUGCUUGGGAAGCUGACACCACUGACGGCAAAAGAACAAACAUGUUAAAAACCAAUAUGUUUAUAUUCUCUUGGCUACUGAUUCGUGAAUGCGGGUUUCCGGACAUUUCACCAUCCAUAAGAUGAUUACAGAGGAAUACACUAGCCUCAAAACUCAGCCUUAGGUCUCAGCACUAGAUCAAGAAAAGUACAGUUUGAUCUCUUAAGAGAAUAGCGCGUUUUGACCAAACGUUGUAGAACAAUUUAUUGCAAUGACACCUGAAGACUGAAACGAUGAAUCACGUAUACGCAUCAAACUUAUGUCCACAAAUCUUCUUUCUAAAGGAGAUGUAAACGUGUAACAGUUUCGUACAAGUUCGUUGACGAAUAUUUUUUUUUAAUUCUCUUGCAUUCCCUUGUUAAAGUGCUUUUGAAAAAAUCCUCAAGUUUCAUGUUCAGAAAUGUGACAUUUAAAACUAGUUUCCAAUAUAUAGCCAAUCCUAUCUAAUAUCAAGUAGUUUUUUAUGAGAUUUUUGUCUGUUUAAAAUUUGUCUCGGAAUUACUCAUAGUGAACGAGGUAGAGGGGUAUGAAUAUGCCUGCCUAUCCCUAACCCAAACUAGACCAUUUAGCUCAUUAAAAAACGUAACUAUUUCAGCAUUCAGAGGAGAUUUCCUUAGCCCACAAAGGAACUGUGACUUUGAGACUUGUAUGUUACAAAGCGUUAAUGGCGCUUUUUUAGCUCACUAAAAAUUGUUUCUAUUUUUAGGAGAUUUUCUCAGUCCACAAAGGACCUGUGACGUUGAAACAUUUCGUUGUGCCCAUCUUAUUGCGAUAUCUCUAACGAACCUUUAAUUGUCUCGGAAUUCCCCUUAUUGACCGAGACAUAAAGGCAUGAGAAAUAAAAGCUACCUUCCUAACCCUUGUUGAAAGUUUUAUUAUUUUGCUUACCAAUCAAACGUUAUUCAGAGAGGAUUUCCUUGACCCACACAAGAGCUGUGACUUUGAAACUUAAGCAACACAGACGGCUAAUUACGCUCUUCGAACGUGUUAGACAUUGUUCUCAAAAAUUUAUAUUAAGCAAAGAUAUGAGCCUAAUAUUGUGACAACAAAAUUCCGUUAUUAAACAUUAGGAGACAAGUAAUUGACCCUUAUAAAACAUGGUCGAUGUUGCAUAUCGAAACAGUAAAAUUACACUGACGACUGACAGGAAUGGAACUAGUUAGAGAGGCAUUAGAACGGGCGAAACAAAGAGGCAUAACAUACAAAAUUAUUUCAAUAAUUCCUAACAUUUUAAGAAAAAAUUAAACUUAACUACAAUAGAAAUUUAUAUUGGGACUAUGCCUUUAUAGAAUUUUUGAUAAUAACUAAAAUCAUAUAGUUCGCAACUGUUUAAAAUAUUUAAAUUUG